AUGUUUUUAAACCUAAUUAACGCUAAUAUUUAUGUAAUACCUACUAAGAGCAUCGUAGCUUCCUUAUUUCUUAACGGAGAAGAUAACGACUACACUCUUAGUAAGAUAGUAGGCCAUAACGUCGUAAUUACAGAUAUGCUUAGCAGUUUCCCUAACAUUAGGGUUAGCUUUAUAGUCGGAAUCGCUAGUAGUAUACCUACCUCUAAGAAUAAUAUACGACUUAGCGAUAUCGUUAUAAGCUCUCUACACGACAAUACUAGUAGUAAAGGGAACAUAAUCGAGACGAAGAUUAAAACAAUCCUAGAUAAAUACACCGAACUAAGCGAAGAGUUUAGUCGCCUAGAUGAAGAUAAAGAUUAUCUCUAUAAAGCUAGCGUUAUCUACCUAGCCGAGGUAGAGGUCGAGAGGCGCGUACGAUUACUAAGAGAAGAAAAGCGAACUAUUAUCUACUAUAGCAUAAUUGCUUCUAGCGUUCUCUACUUCGAGAUAGAGGCUAUAGGACUAAUGAACUAUCUUCUAUGUCUAGUUAUACGUAGCAUCUACGACUACUCGGAUUCACAUAAGAAUAAAGACUAG